UACCAACGGUAACCGCUGAUCGGGAUCCCUAUGUAGUUCCUGACGUUUUCCACUUGGCUACGCAUAUUUUAGUCGACAACAGUCAUGACUUAUCACCAAAUUCGCAUCCCCCUCCUUUGCUCUUCAUGUCGUAUACAACUGGUGUCGGUCCUGUGGAUGACAAUGGCACAGUGCUGUUCUUCACCGACAGCGGGCCAGUGCCGGGCUCGACCGACUAUACUACUGUAGUCAUCUUCCACGGUAGUGCUUUCACAGGCCACACCUUCCAUAAGCUCCUCCCGAUGGCGGGGGAAAAUAAUCUGCGUCUUGUCAUCCUGAACAGACGUGACUAUGCAGGUUCAACGAAGUAUACCGAUGAGGAACUCGCAGAGUUAAGGGAGGGAAAGACUGAGUUUUUACAACGCCUGGGAUCCGAAUCAGCAUACUUCUUGGCUUGGUUUGUCAAGACUCACGACAUUCCCAAGAUCGGCACCGACGGGAAGUCUGGAGGAUUGGCUACCGUUGGAUGGAGUCUUGGUACUACGACUCCGCUUUCCAUUCUCUCCCAUCCGGAGGUUAUACCCAGCGAGACCUACGACGCACUGGAGCCAUACUUCCGACAGAUGAUCUUCUACGACCCACCCCAUCUCGCUUUCGGAUACGAUCAACCCCCAGAAGGGUAUAACCCAUUCACCGAUCCCGAGCUCAAGACGGCCGAAGAAAUCUUUGCUAACUUUGGAUACUGGGUCAGCACGUACUACGACCAUCCGGAUCUCGCGUCGCGUUCCCCCAGCGGGCUUGACUUCAGCAAACGUGGCACACGCCCGUCAAUCGAGAACAUGACACCAGAUGACAUGAAAGUCACGUUUGACGGCGAGGCGGCUGGAAGAAUGGAGUUUCCCAUGUAUUUCCCUCCGAUGCAACCUACCAUCAGGAAGCAGACCGAGACCGCGUUAUACGAUGAAGAAGCUAUCAAGAAGAUUCUCCCCAAGCUGGAAAUCGUUCAUCAGUUUUGUACCGCAUCCAACUGGUACUGUGUGUGGGGAUUCUUUGGGAACGAACUCUUCGCUCCCAAGCGGCCUAUCCGCUUUAUUGAAAUCCCAGGAGCAAAUCAUUUCGUCCACUGGGAUGACCCCAAAGCGUAUAUGGAGGCGACGGUGAAAGGCCUUACGACAUGAUAGUUAUUAUGGUUCCUCAGUAAACAACAUUUAUGUAUACUGAUACC